UCCCCGCACGAGCUUGCGUGGAUUUAGCAAUCUUGGCGCUUUGGCUUAUCGCUAAUGCCCCAUUAGCUUCUUCGUUAUCUUCAUCGUCGGUCUAGUUCUUUCUCUCACGGCUUUUCAUUUCCUUGUUGUUCGAAAAUCCAAAGAAAAGGAGCCCCCUUUUUCGGUUUCUUCACGGACCCUCCUCGUCCCUGAUCGGCCUUUCGUUUUCAGUUCAACCUGGAAGUCUUCGCUUUCUGGGGUUCUCCGCCAAAGGGUUUUCUAGUUCGUGCCUGAGCGGGUGUUUGUGGGUGUGAGGUAAAGAGAGGGAGGGAGGGAGGGAGAAGGAGAAAGAGAGAGAUUGGAUCGAGCGAGAGAGGGAUGGCCCGAGCAGGGAACAAGAACAUACAAGCCAAGCUGGUACUUCUCGGGGACAUGGGAGCUGGAAAAACGAGUCUGGUGCUGAGAUUUGUCAAAGGCCAAUUCCACGAGUACCAGGAAUCUACUAUCGGUGCAGCCUUCUUUACUCAGGUGUUGUCACUGAACGAAGCGACUGUGAAAUUUGAUAUAUGGGAUACGGCCGGGCAAGAAAGAUAUCACAGCUUGGCUCCAAUGUACUAUCGAGGUGCUGCUGCGGCUGUCGUUGUCUAUGACCUCACUAGCAUGGACUCAUUUCAGCGGGCCAAAAAAUGGGUUCUAGAAUUGCAGAGACAAGGGAAUCCCAAGUUAAUAAUGUUCUUGGUGGCAAACAAGGCAGACCUGGAUGAGAAGAGGCAAGUACAGAAUGAGGAAGGCGAGCAAUAUGCAAAGGAAAAUGGUUUGUCUUUUCUUGAAACAUCAGCAAAGACUGCACAGAAUGUCAAUGAGCUUUUCUAUGAGAUAGCAAAGAGAGUUGCAAAAGCUACUCCUUCUCGACCGGGUGGAAUGAAGCUGCAGAGACAAGAAAGUCGAAGAAGCGUAUUUUGUUGCUCGGGGUGAUUCCAGUGCUUGCUCUUUGUACUAAGGAAAUUGCUGCGAAUGGCUGCGGUGGACGUACCUCUUGUGGUUGUCGAUGUUGAAGACGGAAUCUCAUUUGGACCCCUGGCUCGUGAAUACUUUCAUAUGUACACAAUAUUUUCAGCGGACAAAACCUUUUCUUACAGCUUCCAAUUGUAUCACAUUCUCCUUCAUGUGGAAAGGGUUAUGAAACUCAUAAGCAAUGAGAAAUGUUGCUCUGAAAA